CUCAGGUGGGCUGGCUCGCUUUCCUUCCUUGUUGUCACCACCCGUGACGUUCUGUUCCUGUCAAACAGGUCACAGUGAGUGAAGCAGCAGAGGCAUUUGGAGCGGCAGUUGUCCAGGCAGUCGGAGACGGGGGACUCGACAGCCCCCUUUUGAGAAGUAAAGGACGAGUCGCUCUCACUCCUUUGUUGAGGACCUUAUGAAUGAGAUGGUUGAAGAAGCAUCAUUAACAUUAGUUGAUGGAGCAGAGCAUUCUGUAUAAAACAUAAAUAAAUAAAACGGGGACAAGUUGUAUCGCAACUAACAUGAGACUCCGAGAGGGACUCUUCAUCCUGCUGAUGCUCUUAAUUCUCGUCAUGGCCUGGCUCUUCAUCAGCAUGUCUGUGCAUCCAAGACACAGCAUCACCCUGCUUCAAAACUUCAUAGGUGGUGGAUCACCCAAAAGAGAGCACGUGACCGCCAAGACUCCCGUCUUCAAAUGCCGAAUGACCACGGAGUGCCCUCCGGAUUAUUAUGCCUUCUAUAUAAAGAGCGGAGCAGCCAACGUGGUUAACCCCAACAUAUGCUUUGAAAAUAAAACGUUGCUAAGUGGUCCGCUCGGAAAUGCUGGCAGUGGAAUGAACAUCGCUGUUCUGAACAGUAUAACGGGAGAAGUGAUGAAUACAGGAUCCUUUGACAUGUACUCUGGAGAUCCCGCGGAAUUGCUGAAGUACCUUAAGCAGAUUCAGCCUGAAACUUUUAUUUUAGCCGCUUCUGCAGAUGACAUCGGGACCAAAAUGAAUGAUGAAAUCAGGGACAUCCUUACGAGCUUUGGAAGUAAAUUUAUUAAGUCGGUGAAGUUCAGGGAUAAUUGGAUUUUUGUGGGAGCACCGAAAAUAAAGGGCACCUCGCCGUUUGAACAGCACCUGGAAAAUAAUAAGGAAACCAACAAAUACGACGGCUGGCCUGAGAUGCUGGAAAUGAACGGCUGCAUCCCAAAAGCGUUUUAGACAAUUUUUUUCUUUUGCACGAAGGCAAGGGGGUUGGUGUGAAAUGUGCUAAAAUAACCGAGGCUCCAAAAUAAGAAUUUUUUUGAAUUGUUCUUAUUAUUCAUGGAGGCUUCCACCAUUCCUAUUAAUAUAUA